AUGGGAACACCUCGAUUCAUCGAUCUCACGCACCAUCUUGCUCCAGAAACCCUCGCACGUAGGGUCAACCCAUUGAAGGACCUCAUUCGAGUCGCACAGCAAAAUCCUCAUCUCGUAUCCCUCGCAAACGGCGACCCUCAUUUCAGCCUGUACCCAGUGCGGCGGAUCAAUAUCGAGAUUGCCUCGGUGUCAUCGUCAGACGAUCCGGUAUCUACAUGGCGCACCCUCGGUCCAUCUGCGCCGACACAAACCCUCGCAUCAGUCAUAGACGAAGACUCCGGCCCUCUCCUUCGAGCGUCCCUGGCGUACGGUCACGGUGCCGGCCUCCAGCAAGCCUUGGACGCCAUCACCGAGAUCAACAAGGUCUAUCAUGUGGCCCCAGCCCACGUCGCAACGAUGACACUGGGCAAUGCCGACGCCAUCACGAAGGUAUUCCGCAUGCUAGGAGCACCAGGGGACUACUUUCUCGCAGACGAGUUCACGUUCGGUCCAAUGCCGCUUGCGGCAGAUGCGCAUGGGAUAAAGUGGGUCCCCGUGAGGAUCGACUCAGGCGGCAUCAUCCCUGAGGAACUGGAGCGGAUCUUGUCCGAAUGGGACAUAAAACGCGGCAGACGGCCGCACGUCCUGUACUCGACACCAUGCGGACAAAACCCAACGGGCUCUACGCUCAAUGCAGAGCGUCGCAAGCGUAUAUACGAACUGGCGCAGAACUUCGACUUCAUUAUCAUAGAAGACGACCCAUACUACUUCCUGCAGUACGAUGCACCCAACACCCAGUCUUCCGUUUCUGAGUCCACCAAGGCGUUCCCCACCUCGUUCCUCUCCCUUGAUGUGGACGGCCGUGUGAUCCGCAUCGACAGUUUCUCCAAGGUCCUCGCGCCGGGCCUCCGCCUAGGCUACAUCACUACUGCUCCGCAACUGGUCCCCCACCUCAUCAACCUCAUCGACUUCUCGACCCAAAACCCUUCCGGCUUCCCGCAGGUCCUCAUCGCGCAGCUCUUCGGCCCUACCGGCUGGCAGCUCUCCGGCUUCGACAAGUGGGUCCGCAGCCUCCGUCUCGACUACCAGCGGCGCCGCGACCACUUUCUCGCUCUGUUCGAGCGGGACGUCCAGAGCACCGGCUUCGCGACAGCGGACGUGCCGGAGGCCGGCAUGUUCUUCUGGGUGCGGGUCCUCGUCGAGCGGCACCCGCGGUUCCAGAAGAUAGACCCUGAGCCCCUCCCCCAAAGCGAUGCGUUGGGCAGGCCGAAGGCCGUCGCGCGCACAAAUGCCAAGGCGUUGAUGGACGAGCUCUUCGACGCAUGCGUCGCAGGCGGCGUUUUGGUCUGUCCAGCGAGCAUCUUCGUGCUGCCCACCGACGGGACGUUUGACAGCGAGUCUAUCGACGACCGGUCGAACUUCCUCCGCCUCACGUUCGCCGGGUCGGAGGAGACGAUGUCGGCAGGGAUCCCAAUCUUCGGCAAGGUUCUCAAGCAGUUCUUCGCCUGAGAUCUCGCCAAAUCCCUGUAGCAAGUGUCGUCGCUGCUAAUACUCGCAUGGGAAGGCACCGCAAUAGCCAGAGCUGUCAAGUAAUGCUUAUAUUUCACUACCAAUAUCUGUGCGCCUGUGCAUGGACAGCGGGUACGGUACAGGUAUCUGUGUCUAAGACCAACAGCGAAUGCGGCACUAGCACACAACUACAAACAGGGGACAGUGCACAACAGCUAGAACUAUGGCCCUGUAGUAGGGACCGAUACAAAGCGAAUGGAUACACUUGAAGGAGCCGCUUCAGCCCUCAGCCUAAAAGUUAAAGAUCUACGUCCAAGAAAAGACCGUGGCGGGUCACAAAGGCCCGGAUAUACGGCAUGCGCGCCAACCUGCACCUAGUCGUAGCAGCGUCCCGAACCUGCUGUCCAGCGCCGCGCAGACGAGGAGCCUCGUGCGUCCUAGCGACGCCCGCCGACGCUCCUCACGACCUGCUUCCACACUCUCCCGAUCGUCGACCUCCUCUUCAGCUCCUUCGCUCCUCCCCCGCCCUGCACCUCCGCAGGGGCCGUCGCCGCGCGCUCAUGUCUCGCACCCACACCCGUCCCCCGAGACAGCGCGCCCUGCCCGUGGCCGUACGCCAGAUCCACGAUGGACGACCCGCGCGUCCCGGGGGAGCCCACAGAGGCAGAGUACCCGCUAUACCCGCUCGCGUACGACCCGUACGACGCCUGCGACACGAUGGACCCGAUCGAGCCCGCGGACGCGACGGAGCUGACGUCGACCGCGACCGCGCGCUCUUUUCCCUUCGCCUUCCCCCUCCCCUUCGCGCUGCCGUUGCCCACAUAGUCGUAGUACGCCUCCUCGGGCACGGGCACGUCGUUGAGCUGGAUCUGGACCCCGCUCGCGCCGCCGGGGAGGAAGCCGAGCUCGUCCGAGGCAACAACGGGCGGGUCGGCGAACGACACGGACGACGCGGACGUCGCAGAGCUCAUCGUGAGCGGGGGCGUCACGCAGUCCCGCUCGGCGACCGAGACGCGGCUCGAGGACGCGGACGCGGACGCGAGCGAGGCAGCGCGCGAGGGGAGGCGCGACGACGACGCCGACGCCGAGGGGGACGUCGCGGGCCUCUGCUGCGCCCUCCCGUACGUGCCGGACGCCACACUCGAGCGCGGAGAGGACGCGCGCGUAUGCGCGGGCGCGGGCGCGCUCAGCGCGUCGAGCGAGCGCGCGCCCCGCUCCGACGUCGAGAUCGUCGACCGGCGGCGCGCCUCGCGCGCGGAGACGGGCAGGACGACGCCCUGCGCCUUGAGCCCGAGGCGCGAGAACCGCGGCGGGGCGGCCUGCGUGAGCCAGUUCUCUUCGGGGUUGCGCGACGUCGAGGGCGGGGCGCGCACCGCGGUGGGGGGCGAGCCUGCGCGCGCGCGCAGGUCCGCGUGGCCGUGGAUCGUGCUCCUGCGCGAGGCGGUUGAGCGGGCAGACGGAGUGGGGGAGGUUGGGCGCGAGGACGGUGGGCUCGCCGGGGGAGGAUUCGUGCGAGGCAGAGUAUGCGAGCGCGAUGAGGACGGGGACGGCGCGGCGGCGUGGUGAGAGGGCCCGGAUGCGCGUGCCGGCAUGGUUGUCGUGUUCUGCGCCCACGUAGGCAUAGGCGGCACAGGCGGGGCGUCGUGCGCGCUCGCCGACUUUGCACGCGUCCGUGGCCGCGAGACUCCCGCAAAAGCGGCAGGUCGCCGCUCAUCGACGGUGCUCGAGCUAUUGGAGGCGGAGGGGAAGCUGAGCUUGGAGAAGACAGCACUCAGGGUGCGCCGCCGGCGCUGCUUCUGCGCCCUGACGUCCUCCCCGCCCCCAGGCGCAGCAAUCGCCUCGGGGGCCGCGUCGACGAGCUCUGCAAGAGGCGAGAGGUGCCGCCCUCCUCCGCCCGGGGUCGGCGGCGCACUUGCCGCGCCGACCUUGAGGGUGCCGUCGUGUGCGAGCGCGAUGGACGGGCCAGCGAGCGGAGACGAGCGGAGCGGGCGCGAGGAGGUCAGGGGGGACAGGGUGCUGUGCCUGCGCACGGCUAGCGGCGGGCGGUCCGGGAUCGAGAGCCUGUGCUCCGCGGAAGGCGGGCGGGCGGGCGACCGAGUGGGGGAAGGGGCGGCGAGCAUUGGGCUAGGGCUUGCGGAAGCCUGGGAAGCGCAGGUUAGAGUCAAUACGCGAAGGAUAGGACGUCAAUAUCGUUACACCGUGCAGGUGCGAGGCAGGUGCAUUGUGGGGAGAGAAAAAAGGUGGAAGGCGGGUGCGGGGGAUCGCAGGCAGCGUUAUGACAGGGAUCCCGGCGAGAUGAAACGUCGUGGGUUCUAAACGUUCUCAUGUGCGAUGCCCUGACAGUCUAGAUUGUUGGAACGACCAUGAUGCACGACCAAGUUGCAUGAUGGCUUGCAGCGUCUGUCGGGAAGCACAGCGCCGCUUCUCACCUGGUCGCUGUCCGCUACACGACUGCCGUUCAAGCACUAUUGUCAGAGCAGACCAGGAGCGCAGACCUGCCCCAACCUGUGGGCUUCGCAUGCUGCUCCACAAUCCGUUCUGCCUCGCAGUGCAUGCCGCGAUGGUCGCCGUCCCGAGAGGUUCGAGGAACUGGACCGAUCAAGAUGAAAUCAAGAUGAUAGCCGGACAUGACACUGCCGCCCGAAGGAACGACGGCGCGAACGAGCGUGCACCCCGAAGUGGCGGCGUAUGCGCACAGAAAGUGGGUACAGAAGCGGUGCUGGCGGCUCGGAGAUACGACGGGCAAAGGUUUGCUUCGUCUCCACAUGAGCGAAACGCGGAGACACCUGGCAACGAACCCGACGAGGGGUGCGCAUAGAUGCGCCCGGGGUGAAGCCCCCCGCGAGCCCGAUAUUUACUUAUGUGCG